AGCAGCAGCAGCUGUUGUCGGGAGUGCGGACAUUCCUGAAAGUCUACUCCUCCAUUUCUCUUGCUAAGCUCGCUAAAUACAUGGAAGUUGAUGAGUCCACGCUAAGGACCAUAUUGUUAACAUACAAGCACAAGACCCAUUCAGUUGACUCCAAUGGUGGGAUCAUCUCCAAUGCAGACAUUGAUUUCUACAUGAACAAUGACAUGAUCUACGUUGUGGAACCAAAACCCGCAAAACGUUAUGGGGAUUUCUUCUUGCGGCAGAUUGCCAAGCUUGAAGGCGUGAUAAACGAUAUGGACCGCGUCAAACUGGAUUGAGGAAUUUUUCUGUGUUAUGCCUAUCCUCUUUGCCCAAUUGAUAUGUGUUUUUCUUUUUUUACUGGAGACAAAAACACUUUGAGAAGCUGUCUUCAUGUAGUCAAAAUGGUGUAGAUCGACUCUUUCUGGUGGAAACUGGAAUCAUCUAUGAAUUCGUGCCAUUUUACCAUUAAGUUUAUAUACAAUCUCUGAGUUUCAAUCAGAUUAUAUACAAUCUCUGAGUUUCAUGA